AUGGCAGACAACAAGGCCGCACUCGCUUCGGGCGCCGCCCCGGCCGGCGAAGCUGCUCGUCGACGCAAUGUACCCACCACUUCAGGGGCCCUAACGCAACAGCCCGAGCUCGACGAGAAGAAGAUCCACGCCAAGAAGAAGGGGUCUUCCCUUCUCGACACCCUCGACCAAUGGGAGUUUCUCAUCGCACCCAUAAUCUUUACAGCUCUCGCCCUAUUCACGCGGCUGUACAAGAUUGGCCUGAGCCCAAUCGUUACCUGGGAUGAGGCCCAUUUUGGCAAAUUCGGAUCGCAUUACAUCAAGCGUGAACUGUUCUUCGAUGUACAUCCUCCACUCGGGAAGAUCCUUGUUGGCCUUUCUGGAGUGCUAGCAGGAUACAAUGGAUCGUUCGAAUUCAAGUCCGGCGAGACGUACCCCGAGGAACUCGACUACACCUUCAUGCGAGCCUUCAACGCCUUCUGGGGAAUACUCUGUGUGCCUUUGGCCUAUUGGACGGCCAAGGAGUUGAACCUGAAGCGUCCAGCUGUCUGGCUAGUCACCCUGAUGGUUCUGUGCGAGAACUCGUACACAACCAUCAGUCGUUUCAUCCUCCUCGACUCCAUGUUGCUGUUUGGUACCGUCGCUACUGUCUUUUGCUGGUCCAAAUUCCACCGUCAACAGAGGGACAGCUUUGAACCGGAGUGGUUCUUCUGGCUGUUCAUGACUGGACUAAGCUUGGGUUUCGUCUGCAGCAUCAAGCUCGUUGGUCUCUUCGUCACUGCUCUUGUUGGCAUCUACACCAUCGAAGACCUCUGGCACAAGUUUGGCAACACCAAGAUGCCUGCCGUCGAGCUCGCGGCUCACGUCAGUGCCCGUAUUUUCGGUCUCAUCGCCAUUCCGUUCCUGGUCUACCUGCUCUCAUUUGCGCUCCACUUCGCGAUUCUGACCAGAAGUGGCCCUGGCGAUGCCCAGAUGAGCUCCCUUUUCCAAGCAAACCUCGAGGGCAGUGAGAUCGGUCGAAACUCGCCCCUCGAGGUCGCCAUCGGCUCCAAGGUGACUCUUAAGAACAUGGGCUAUGGCGGUGGUCUCCUCCACAGCCACGUUCAGACUUUCCCGGAGGGCUCAACCCAGCAGCAGGUCACUUGUUAUCACCACAAGGAUGCGAACAACGAAUGGUGGUUCUACCCCAACCGUGGAGACGCCGACUACGACCCAGAAGCUGACCCUCGAUUCAUUGGCCAUGGCGAUACUAUCCGCUUGAUCCACUCCCAGACCGGGCGAAACCUCCAUACUCACGACAUUUCGGCCCCCGUCACCAAGAGUCAGAAGGAAGUCUCCUGCUACGGUAACCUCACUGUUGGCGACGACAAAGACCACUGGCAAGUCGAAGUCGUCAAGGAUGUUGCAUCUCGAGACAGAAGCAAGAUUCGAACCCUGACCACGGCUUUCCGUCUAAGAAACCCGGUGAUGGGAUGCUACCUGCGAGCAGCCAAUGUCAACCUGCCCCAGUGGGGGUUCAAGCAGAUCGAGGUGACCUGCGACAAGAGCAACAAUCCCCGGGAUGCUUUCACUCAUUGGAACGUUGAAAUGCACAACAACGAGAAGCUUCCGCCUGCCGACCCGGGCAAGUAUAAGUCGCCGUUCUUCCAUGACUUCAUACACCUCAACGUUGCCAUGAUGACGUCCAACAAUGCCCUCGUUCCCGAUCCUGACAAGCAAGAUGACCUAGCUUCUCAGUGGUGGCAAUGGCCUAUCCUCAACGUUGGUCUGCGCAUGUGCGGUUGGGACGACAAGAUUGUCAAGUACUUCUUGCUUGGCAACCCGUUCGUCUACUGGGUCUCGACAGCUUCUCUCGGUGCUGUCGGAUUAGUAACCUUCUGGUACAUUCUCCGAUGGCAGCGAGGCUUCAAGGACCUGUCACAAGACGACAUUGACCAGAUCCACUACUCUGGUCUCUACCCAGUUCUGGGAUGGUUCCUUCAUUACCUCCCUUUUGUCAUCAUGGCCCGUGUCACCUAUGUCCACCAUUAUUACCCUGCCCUUUACUUUGCCAUCCUGACUCUGGGUUUCCUCGUCGACUGGACCUUGAGAACCCAGAAGAAAUCGAUCGCAUACCCGGCAUACGGUGUUCUCUAUAGCAUCAUCAUCGGCCUCUAUAUUUUCUUCAUCCCUAUCUGUUGGGGCAUGACGGGAAGCAACCAACAGUACAAGUACAUGAAGUGGUCCGACAGCUGGCGCAUUUCUGACUGA